GUAGUCUUGGCUGUGUUGUUAUUGACAAGGUGAAAGAGCACAGGCAACACAGACAGAGAGGUGGUUGCAAGUCAAGCUAGCUUUAGGUAAUGUAAAUGUUUAAUUAAGGAGUUUAUUAGCCUCAAACGUAGAAUUUUGAGCCUUAUGAGGUGUUUGAAGUGUACUCGCAGCUACAAAUCCUUUCCAUUGCUGUCAGAAUAUAAGAGGGGUGACGCUGUUAGCUGCAGAGCUUGUGGCGACACAAUGCAGAGUCUGUUGCCCGCGCUGACUCUCAGACAGCUUGGUCGCCUUAACUCCAUUCAGCUGCUUUCCACUGGUCAUGGACCUGCGUGGAGCUCAUGGUGUCCCCGAACAUUACAUGCACGUCAGCUGUGGGGCUCCGUCGGACCCAUGACACUGAGGACACAAGCAUUGCCAACAGUAAGGGAUUCUCCCUCAGGUUGGUCCGUACAUCAAGCUAGGUACAAAACCACUAAAAAGAAAGGAAGCCAAAGAACAGUGCAAGAGGAGGAAGAGGAGGAGGAGGAUGAUAGUGACUAUGAGGAUGAACUCCAAGAUGAUCCAGGGCUACCAAAAGACUACAAAGACACAGAGAAGUAUGUGCAGUCCCUUCGCUAUGACCUCAUCUUGAAAGCUGGCCUCGACAUGGCACGGAACAAAGUGGAGGAUGCCUUUUAUGGAAGCAGACUGCGAUUGAAUGGACUGAAACUAAUCAAGAAGAGCAAAGCUGUUAAAGUAGGAGACACUCUGGACUUCAUACUGGGCGAGGACAAAGACAUGGACACUGUCAACCUAAAGAGAGUCAUCUUCAAGAAAGUAAUAGGAGAAACAAAGGAUACUGAAAAGUAUAAAGUAAUUUUAAGAACCUGGAAAAGCCUGCAUCUACCUAAGAAAGAUGUUUACAGAGAGUGAUGGUAUUUUUGAGAAUAUAACUGGACUAAAGAACUUGUUUGAUGCUGCAGUGUUGAAGGAUUUUUAAAUGGGAGCUUGUGGCUCUAUGGUAGUUGUAUCAAACGCUCUUGUUAAGUGCUUUUUUUGUAUCAGUGUGACUCCAUUUUCUAUGAAAAGGUUGAGCGGUUUUGGUUAUGAUUUCAUAUUGUGAAAACCCCACUUAUUAUGUUACAAUGAACUGACAGGUCAUAAUUGUACACAUACAAACCAGCGUUAAGUCUGACCUGCACAGUGGUUUUCUUUACUUUUUUCCCUUGGGAUACUUUGAACAUUUUCUUUUCCAAUAAUACACAGAAGUCAGUUGAUGUAUUUUUUGUUUUAUCACUAAUACAACACUUAGUAGUGCACAUUUUAGUAGAGAAGCAAGUAUUUGGUUUGGGUUGGAGUUGUCUGAUUUUUAGACAAAUAUCUAGAGAGCUGGUGCUCUCUCCCAAUGAUCAUUCAGCAGGGAUGCUGUGGUUUAAUGAUCAUGAUUGUGAAGCACUUAACCAGAAUAAAACAAAAUUGCAAAGUAAUUGAAGUUA